AUGUCACUCCCCACUCGCCCGCGAAGGCUCUCUUCCCCCGGGCCACGAUCGUCGCAUAUCGCGGACAGCGAACCCUCCUUGCUGCACCGCUCAACACCGUCUGAAAGCGGCGAAGGAGAAUCCAGCAACAGUGCCGCCGCGACACAUGGCAGCCCGACCCCCUCGUUCCGCGAGCGGGUCACAAGCACAUUUCACCAGCUCGGCCAUGGCCAUUCCGCCCAGACACAUCCCAGCCCCGAGCGGGUAGAGCUGCAACGAUUGAAGGAGCGCGUGGGCAAGGCCGUCGAAGUUAUUGCGGACCAUGUUCUCCCGAUCGCCGCCGACGCACUCGAGUAUGCGCCGGUACCUGGGCUCGCGCUGGCGGCGGAGGUCCUGAAGUCGAUAUGGGAGUCCGUGCAAGUUGUCCAGAGUAACCAAUGGCGAUGCCUGCGGCUGACGGAGCGCUGCGCUGAUUUAUUGGCGGCCAUCCGCGUUAUUGUUCACCAGUCGGGUGAAAAUGUAGCCGAACAGAUGGAGAAGCCGCUGAAGCAGAUCGUAGAGCGCUUCAUUGAUAUUGAGGCAUUUGUAAAAGGCUUGACACAAAUGCGCUUCCUUCAGAGAUACCUUUACCGCGAGGAGAUCGUCCACAAGAUUGAAGAAUACAACACGGCAAUUACGGAUUCUUUGCUGCUGUUCAACGCCAGCAGUACCCUGCGUGUCCUGCACCAGCAAUUCUUACAACCCACCAGCGACACACAACACGCCCCACUGCUUCUCGCGCCAGUCGUCCCAUCUCCGGUACUUUUCGAGUCCACCGAGUCACUGGGGCAGGAAGAAGAGCCAGACGAAAUUGACGCACUCGAUCUUGCCGGGCUUUCUGCGGCUGUCGUCCACCAAGACCCCGUCGAAAUGACAGACGUCUCGGCGCUGCGACAUCGGAUGCACUGGCAACACACACUGGAGAACCGGCGCGAUCACGAGCGUGACGAAGCGGCCCUUGGCCGCUCGUUAAAGCGCGCUAUGACGGCCCCGACGAGCGCAGUUGCGACGCGGAUACUCCAGAUUCCGAAGGCUCACAUGCCCGCUGUCAUGACACUGUUGCUGGGCGAGCUCGAACUGCAACAGGCGCGGUGGCAGGCACAGCAAACAGCGACGAAUAACACACCAGGCCCUGGGGCCCGGGCGAGGACAACGACAUCACCGUCGCCCCAUCUAAGGGCACUCACGUGGCCACUGGACGGAUUACUUGCACGACAAGCAGCGCUGCUGCAGCAAGGCUUCGCGGAACACGAGCUUGAGGCGAUGAAACGUGCCAUGGCCGCGCUGUGCGUAACCCCGCCACCGCCAAAUCAAACAGUCGCGGAGGCUGCGAGCGUAUUGAGCGGGUCGAUUCGGCGCAGAGACGCGCAAAUCCAAGUUUACACACCUGCCGAUCGAUCCGUCUCCAGCGAUUCUGACAGUGAUAGUGCCAGCGAGUCAGACCCAGCGUUUACCGCGAUGACGACGCCGGCCAGCGGCCCAUUUGCCACGUUGGAGUUGCCUCCAGACAAUCCGAAUCCUACCGAAGAGGAAAUUGCCAUUGACCAAAUUGAGCGGCUCCGAGUAGAGCGGGCACUAUUGCCAUUGGAGACCGGUGUGCCGGCGCAGACAGAAUUGCUCUACCGCCGCUCACUGUCUCAUGCGUUCCACCAUCUCAACGUGACACUGCCGCUGUGGACGCCCAGCCGCGUCGAGCUCGGCGCUGUUGGCUACCUUAAGCGUCCCGAGGGCGUGUUCAUGACCCUGUUUAACAGCGCGGACCCGGCUGCGGCCGGCUAUGUCCGGGUUCGCCCGCUCCCUCGGAUUGCCAUCAUCCGGGAGAAACAGGAAGCUCCGGCAGGCCACGGUCAUCGCGGGCCGGGAAGCCUUUUCUCGCAAGGAAUCAAAGUCGUGCAGCACAAGUUCCGCGCAAACACCGUGACGGCGUCUGGCGCGCCCUCGCCUGCAAGUAGCACGAGCAAUCUCAGCAGCCAGAGUGGCUUGGCAAGUUCUGGAAGCGACAUCGAGCGCACAUAUGAGUUUUCUGCAUUCGGCGGGACGGCGCACCUGAUUACGGACACGGCGGAGUACCGGCAUUGGCGGUCCACAGACAUGGAGAAACCAAAGAUGUGGUUCCGCCAGAAUAUCAGUGCAAUUUUAGAGGGCGUGCCGGGCGGCGCGCUGCUCAAGCAGGAGAUUUUCCUCGUUUACGGCACGCUCAAUGCCCGCGACCACGCCAUGCUGGUGAGCCACGGCGACCCGGAGGAGCUGAGCAAAUUGCAGUUCAACGUCUACUCUACGCGGCAGCCUGGGCACGACUGGGGCGUCUUCGAGGCAGCCGACGCAGCACCACUCGGGCCGCAACUAGUCCCGCGCGUGUCUGCAGUGCCUGACCUGCAUGAGGUGCAGAAGGAGACGACCCUGCUGAUCUCACGUCUGCGGUUUCGGCUGGAUGACCCUGCGCCGACAGCCCAGUAG